AUGACCAAAAAACGCGGCCCAAAAACUAAGAAAGCAAACUUCGCAUCAAGAGAAAUAAUUAAUGUUGAUGACUCUUUAAUCUUCAAAAAUCCGCCGGGAAAAUUUGAUUCUAUUAGUGGUGAUUACUUUGCACUUGUCACCCCUAGUGUAGACCGGCAUCGUCUACGAGUAUUUGAUCGAAUCACCGGAGUACUGAAGAAUGACUUUUUUUCCGAGAAAGAAGACAAAUUUACUUGUUUAACUUGGGGCGAGCUUUCCUCGGGUGAAGAAGUAAAUGACGAACCUGGGUUGUCUCCAACGAAGCCGAUCAAAAAUAAUAAACCGAUCACAUCAAACAGAUUAAAAAUCCUUGCGCUUGGUCUACAAAAUGGAUCAAUUGCAAUAUACUCACUUUCUCAUGGCAAAAUAAUAAGUAAUUUAGAGGGAGCUCAUACAAUGCCAAUAAAUGAUUUUGUUUUUACAAGAGAUGGAAAGAGAGGUUUCUCAUGUUCCGAUGAUCUUUCAAUCGUCGAAUGGAAUAUUGAAGAAAGAAGUGUUGUUAGUAAAUGGAAGGCCGAUUCAAAAGUUAUCAAGAAGCUCGCACUGUCUCACAGUCAAUCAAAAUUAAUCACUACCGGAUACACGAUACAGUUAUGGGACUUACAGUCUAAGAAGGUGAUUAGAAAUUACACUGGGCAUGCGAGUCUAAUUAACAAUAUAAUGUUUACGGAGUCAGAUAAUAUGUGUAUAUCAGCCGCUGAGCAUGAUCGUUACGUCAAUGUAUGGGAUUGCCAAGAAAAUAUUAAAAAAUUUCUAAUCCCACUUAUUUCUGGAAAUAAAGCUUUAAUAAUAGAUUCAAAUAUCAUGAGUGUUUCAAUAUCAUCAAAAGACAUUCUCCUCGUAAUUUCUGAGGACGGAAUCAUGUAUCUUUUCGAUAAUAGCACAGUAAAGAAUCAUUCUUCCUCGCCGGACAAGAAAAAAAAUCAUUCUGAUACUCAUUCACCUACAUGCGUUGUAAAAGUCCUGAGCGAAGAUAAAAAAGAAAUAAUACCAAUUCUUAGUGCCUUUUUCAUUGAGAAAAAAGGAAACAAAUUACCUUCUAUUGUUAUUGCAAGAGGAAGCACUGUGAAACCGAUAUUUGAUAUUGUGGAUCUUGAUAAAGAACGAAUUAGUAAAAAAUCAUUAUCUUUACCUUCCGAAAUAAAAUUAAUGAGAUCACCACAAACCGGUCUUCUACUGGAAGAAUCCAAUUUGGUUACAGCGAAUUUGAAAGUAACCCAGAAACAAUAUGAUGAGUCAAAUGUUAAUAUCUUAGCAAGCUCAAAUAUCGGUUUACCAAAGCUUUCCAUCGCUAAUAAACUUGACGAGACACCACCGAAUAAAAAAUCCGUCUCUCCGGAAGCAAUUAAUAAUAUAACUCGUACCCAAACACGUUCAAAUAAACCUACAACAAUCCCUAAGGCUGGUUCCGAGUUCGCAAGAAUUGAUGCAAAUUCAUUACAAAAUGUACUGAUACAAGCUUUACAUUCUGACGACAACGCCAUGUUAAUUAAAAUUCUGCACGAAUCAAAACCGGAUGUCAUAAAAAAUACCGUGAGAAAAUUACCUGCAGAAUACGUAAUUCCACUAAUAGAAAAGAUCGUAGAGAAUUUUCAAACGAAACUGAAUCCGGAAAUAGGAAUUUUAACGUGGAUGAAACAUGUUUUACUGGAGCAUACUGCUUAUUUGAUGACGGUACCAGAUUUAAUUAAAAAACUCUCGAAUUUUUAUCAAGUCUUGGAAACGCGUUUACAAGAAUUCAACAAGCUUCUAACCUUUCAUGGACGCCUUGAAAUGAUCAUGCAACAAAUAUCAAUGCGGCAACAAUAUGCCGCUGAGAGAUUUUCGGAUGGUAAUGCCGCAAAUUCGGCAAAAACAAUUUAUGUUGAAAGCGAAGAUGACGACGACGGCGAAGAUGAUAAUGAUCAAAACAUGGAAACAUAUGAAAAUGAAGGAACAACAAAGAAUAAUAUGGAGGUUGACACAAGUGAAAGUUCAGAUGAUGAUUACCAACCAAGCGAGGAAGAAAGCGACGAACAACAGGAUGACGAGGUGGAUCAAAAUGAUUCGAUGCAUCAAGAUAAAGAUGAAGAUUCCAAGGAUAUGUCGUCUGAGUAA